AGUUUGAUGAAUUUCUAAGAGUCAAUCACCCUGACCAGCGUAGAUUAGCUGCAUUCUUGGCUGCUGAAGGUGCACUGCAAUCUGAUCCACUGAACGAAGGGAUAAACUUCAAAAUUUCGUCACCUCUUGUGGACAUGUUAAUCCAGCAACUUGUCAUUCCAAAAGCAUAUCCUAAUGCUCCUUCAAUACUUAUUCCAAAUCGAGCUGAUGGUUCUUUGGACACGUGGAGGGUUUUGAAGGAAUGUUUCCAGUUCUUUGACAAAGACCUCCUGAGAAUAGCAACUGCCCUCUCCUACAAAUCCUCUGAAGUGCAUGUUAGGGGUCGUACAAAAUUACAAGUUCCAAGAGAGAGUGUGUACAAUACAGAACUCAUAAGGCUCUUAACAAAUUGGCUUGGAAAUGAGAAGCACAAGUACUGCGAUGUAGUUAUCAAAAAGAAGGAUAAACCAACAAUUCUUCUGGAACUUCUGGCCUCUGGAAAUGAAGACACUAUUCAAGCCCAUAUUGACAAAACACCCAGGUAUAAGUCACUGGCAUCUGCUGAUGAGGCUUGGAUUGUUCACUACACAUGUGAGGAUGGAUAUCUGGAUGGGGUGAAACCAUAUUGGGAUGAAAAGGCAAUAAUGCAAGGCAUUAACAUGGUGCAUUUCUGGCAUGACUUGGAGUUUACAACUGCACGUAUGAGUGCUUUCUGGAAGGAUGAAAAUGGCAUGCUGCAAAAGGAUUUUCAGCAAUGGACCAUCUAA